UUCAUUACCCUUUCUUUUCUCUGUUUUGUGUUUCAUUACUUUCAUCUUUCAAUCAUAACCUCUUCCAAUGUUAAAAAUUACGAAACCAAUAGGCAACAUAAAUUAAAAAGCAUUGUACUACUGUGUUUUGUUAGUGUUACUGACAAUCUGAUAAUUUAGGAUAAUUUAUGUUAACGGUUUAUAAUCUGUACUGGAAAUUUUGUGUUGUAUAGAUAAACAAAAUUCGUUAGUCAUGAUUAGUAAACAAAAAUUUUUGCAUUUAGGAAAAGAGUUUUUGAGGUUACAAAGUUUUUCGUCAAACAUGAAUGCAAAAACAGGAAUUGUCCUACUUAACAUGGGAGGUCCAGAGCGAAUUGAGCAAGUUCAUGAUUAUUUGUAUAAAAUUAUGACUGACAGAGAUAUGAUACAGCUGCCAAUAGCACAAGACAUAUUGGGCCCUUGGAUAGCAAAACGAAGAACACCAGCAGUUCAAAAAAAGUAUGAAGAAAUAGGAGGAGGUUCACCCAUUCUUAAAUGGACAAAGUUGCAAGGCAAACUUUUAUGUGAAAAAUUAGACAAAAUAUCUCCGCAGACAGCUCCACACAAGCCGUAUGUUGCUUUCAGAUAUGUUCCACCUUUCACUGAAGAUGCCUUUAUAAAGCUACAAAAAGAUGGAAUAGAACGGGCAAUACUGUUUUCUCAGUAUCCUCAGUUUAGUUGUGCCACGUCAGGGUCCAGCUUCAAUGAAAUUUAUAAAUUUUUAAAGAACAGAACUAUUCCAAAUGGAUUCAAACUGAGUAUCAUCGAUAGAUGGCCUACCCAUCCACUUUUGGCAAAGUGUUUUGCAGAUCUUAUUAGGAAAACAUUACAACAAAUCCCUGAAGACAAACGAAAUAAAGCUAUAAUUUUAUUUUCGGCACAUUCUUUACCUUUAAAGGCUGUCAAUCGUGGCGAUGCGUAUCCCUCAGAGGUAGGUGCCACAGUUCACCAAGUAAUGCAAGAACUUAAUUUCUCUCACCCCUACCAACUGGUCUGGCAGUCCAAAGUUGGUCCAUUGGCUUGGUUGGGACCUAUGACCGAUGAGGCUAUUAAAGCCUACGUUAAACAAGGGAAAAAGGUUUUGGUUAUUGUUCCCAUCGCUUUUGUAAAUGAACAUAUCGAAACCCUACACGAACUUGAUAUUGAAUACUGCAAGGAACUGGCUGAGGAGGUGGGAGUAGAAAUCAUUUUGCGAGUACCAACACCCAAUGACCACCCACUGUUCAUAGAGGCGCUUUCAGAUAUUGUGUUAACUCAUUUAAGGAACAAGAUACCAGUUUCGAAGAAAUUUUUGAAUCGUUGUCCUCACUGUGUCAAUGUCAGCUGCUUAAAUAGCAAAAAAUGGUUCUCUGAAAUUUGUUCAUUGUAAAAUUUCGAAUACUUGGAAUAUUUAUUAUUGUUAUAGAUGUUUGUUGGGACCCAAUAAAUUUUUUUUUUAC